AUGAUAUACAAUAGGGGUGGCGCUUUACCGUUUCUUUACAGAAAAUGUGCCACUCCUAACAUACAACAAGAACCCACAGCAAAACAAGCAAAAUUCGACCAUAUAGAAGACGAAAUUGAAGAACAAAAUGUUAUGAAAUUUAAUCAAGAACAAGAAUUAGAACAAGAAUACGAUGUAAAAUCCUUUCAAGAAGACAACGAACAGCUACCAAAAUUACAAUCAGAAUCAGAACCAAAGGAAGAACAAGCACAUCUAUUAUUAAAAGAAAAAGUGAUUUUCAGUUAUUCCAAUUUAAAAAGAUAUAAUUUUAAACGGAAUAAAAAAUUAGAUUCAAUUCACGAUGUUUAUGAUAAAACGACGUGGUUAACUGAUUUUCAUAUAUAUUUAUUUUUUGAAUUAUUACAUAACCAAUUUCCAAAUAUUAAUGAAUCAAUAAGUCCAUUUUUUAGAGACAUCUUACCUGAUGAAGAAAAAGUUUUGGUUUCAUUUGAAAAUGUGCAACAGCAAAUUGGUGGUAACGAUUGUGGAUUAUUUGCGUUGGCUUUUGCUACAUCUCUUUGUUAUACAGAUGUUGCAUCUUUAAUGUUUUAUGAUCAGAUACCUUUACGUGAUCAUUAUGUUAAAUGUAUUGAAAAUAAUGAAAUUCAACCAUUUCCUUCAAAACCAAAGAGAGGAAGCACCAAAAAUGCUUCUAAAUUAGUUGAUCUUUAUUUGACUUAA